AUGGAGGCGACAACAUCGACAUCAACAAUAACAAAAGAUUCACCUCCGGCCAUCGCAGCGCCGUCCGUUCCCUCUGUUCUCCUCCCAGAGCUCUUAUCUUUUUCACCUCAUUUCCUUUUAGACGAUAUCGUCAAUAGUGCAAACGAUGUUGUUGGGCGUGCAGUCGACGCGAUUGAGACCUUUCUUCUACGUUGGGUAGAAGAUCAGCCGCCUGGUGGAGCUUGGGAAAAUACCACCGAGCUCGAACAAGGUCUCGUAUCAUUCCAGACACUCCUGGAGUUUCACACAGAUAUCGCGUUUGACUUUUUCGAGGCGUGGUCCCUGAGGAACAUCUUCAAAGUUCCAGAGGAAUUGGAGAUUGUGGUGCCUCACCAAGAGGGCUUAGAUCUGGAUGCAGCGCAAGGGGAGAAGGGAAAGCAAACCGAAGAUGAGUUGAUGGACGAGAUAGAGGAGUUGAGAAAGCAGGUUGAUAACCAACAUCGUCUCAAGCGACUAUAUACUCGCGCAGUCCAUAAAUCUAGUAUACAGGCUGCGCGCGCUCAGCGUCACUUGCAGCAGCUUUCUUUCCUUCAGUCCUUGGUUGCCUCUCCUUCCCAACCACUCUCGACUCUUCCACCCCAUAUAUCCGAGUUAUUCAAUGUCAUACAACACCUACCAGCCCUCGACCUCUCUCGCGCAGAAGUCCCACCAUCAGAUCCGGCCAAGAGGCAGUGGGAGACGGGCAAGGCUGGAUACAUGUCUUGGGCCAUAUCGCAAUUGAUUGAGCGAGCAAGAAGUAUGGAUGCAGAGGGGAGCGAUAAAGAAACAGAAGGAGGCGUCAUGGCAUCUACACUAGUGGAAGAGGCGAACGCAAUAGGCAGACCAGAAGAUCUCAAGGACGCCUUGGGUUUCGUGCUGGGUUCUAAAGGGUAGAACAUCAGCGUCAUGGCAUCCGUUUCCCAUCGGGGUGGGUGGCCCUAACUUUUAUCCGCUGUGGGCAAUGUUCCGGUCUCUGUUUAGUCUUGGUUCUCCGGCGGAGAUGCAUAGGAAUAUUCUAGUCAGCAAGGAACACAUACAUAUCAUAAUGUGGCAACAACUAGGCGAUGCAAGAGCAAGUACACAGUAUAUUAAAUUACAAAGCAAUGAUGAUCAGGUGGAUUAAGGAG